GAACCGAGCUCUGCUUCCCAAAGCAAAAUUUGUAAUAUGCCAUUUUUCCCAUGGACGUUUCUCCUUUUGGCUGCUGACGGAGCCGCGGGAAGAUGCCGAGUUGCUGCCACGCCACCGAGCCGGAGCACGUUCCGGGAGGGCGCCGGGGCAUGCGAGUGUCUAAGCUGCUUUUCUCCUCCCGUUGCUAGGGAAAUGGUCCAGGAGCGCCGGGCGUGAGCCUCCCCUCUCUUCAAGCCCGAGACUGCAGUUAUCGUUGAUCAAUUGAAGAAGCAGGACCUGAAAUUACAGGCAUUAGCAAUGAUGUGUGAAGUGAUGCCCACGAUUAAUGAGGACACCCCAAUGAGCCAAAGGGGGUCCCAAAGCAGUGGCUCCGACUCGGACUCUCAUUUUGAGCAGCUGAUGGUUAAUAUGCUAGAUGAAAGAGACCGUCUUCUAGACACCCUUCGGGAGACCCAAGAAAGUCUUUCACUUGCUCAGCAAAGACUGCAAGAUGUCAUCUACGACAGAGAUUCGCUCCAGAGACAGCUCAAUUCAGCCCUGCCACAGGAUAUCGAAUCCCUAACAGGAAGUCUGACUGGUUCUAAGGGGGCUGAUCCACCGGAAUUUGCUGCACUGACAAAAGAAUUAAAUGCCUGUAGGGAACAACUUCUAGAAAAAGAAGAAGAAAUUUCUGAGCUUAAAGCUGAACGAAACAACACAAGACUGUUACUGGAGCAUUUGGAGUGCCUUGUGUCACGACAUGAAAGGUCACUAAGAAUGACAGUGGUAAAACGGCAAGCCCAGUCCCCCUCGGGAGUUUCCAGCGAAGUCGAGGUUCUCAAGGCGCUGAAAUCUUUGUUUGAGCACCACAAGGCCUUGGAUGAAAAGGUAAGGGAGCGACUGAGGGUUUCUUUAGAAAGAGUCUCUGCACUGGAAGAAGAACUAGCUGCUGCUAAUCAGGAGAUUGUUGCUUUGCGUGAACAAAAUGUUCAUAUACAAAGAAAAAUGGCAUCGAGUGAGGGAUCUACAGAGUCAGAACAUCUUGAAGGGAUGGAACCUGGCCAGAAAGUUCAUGAAAAGCGUUUAUCCAAUGGUUCUAUAGACUCAACAGAUGAAACUAGUCAAAUAGUCGAACUACAAGAAUUGCUUGAAAAGCAAAACUAUGAAAUGGCCCAAAUGAAAGAACGUUUAGCAGCCCUUUCUUCCCGAGUGGGAGAGGUAGAACAAGAAGCAGAGACAGCAAGAAAGGAUCUCAUUAAAACAGAAGAAAUGAACACUAAAUAUCAAAGGGACAUUAGGGAGGCUAUGGCACAGAAGGAAGAUAUGGAAGAAAGAAUCACGACCCUUGAGAAGCGUUACCUCAGUGCUCAGAGAGAAUCUACCUCCAUACAUGACAUGAAUGACAAACUAGAAAAUGAGUUAGCAAAUAAAGAGGCCAUCCUACGACAGAUGGAAGAGAAGAACAGACAGUUACAAGAGCGUCUUGAGCUGGCUGAACAAAAGUUGCAGCAGACUAUGAGAAAAGCUGAGACCUUACCUGAAGUAGAGGCUGAAUUGGCUCAGAGAAUUGCAGCCCUGACAAAGGCUGAAGAGAGACAUGGAAACAUUGAAGAACGUAUGAGACAUCUAGAAGGUCAACUUGAAGAGAAAAAUCAAGAACUUCAAAGAGCUAGGCAAAGAGAGAAAAUGAAUGAAGAACACAAUAAAAGAUUAUCCGAUACCGUGGACAGACUUCUGACUGAAUCCAAUGAGCGCUUACAGCUACACUUAAAGGAAAGAAUGGCUGCUCUAGAAGAGAAGAAUGUUUUAAUUCAAGAAUCAGAAACUUUCAGAAAGAAUCUAGAAGAAUCUUUACAUGAUAAGGAAAGAUUAGCAGAAGAAAUUGAAAAGCUGAGAUCUGAACUUGACCAAUUGAAAAUGAGAACUGGCUCUUUAAUUGAACCCACAAUAUCAAGGACUCAUCUAGACACCUCAGCUGAGUUGCGGUAUUCAGUUGGGUCCCUAGUGGACAGCCAGUCUGAUUAUAGAACAACUAAAGUAAUAAGAAGACCAAGGAGAGGCCGCAUGGGUGUUCGAAGAGAUGAGCCAAAGGUAAAAUCUCUUGGUGAUCAUGAGUGGAAUAGAACUCAACAAAUUGGAGUACUAAGCAGCCACCCUUUUGAAAGUGACACAGAAAUGUCUGAUAUUGAUGAUGAUGACAGAGAAACAAUUUUUAGCUCAAUGGAUCUUCUCUCUCCGAGUGGUCAUUCUGAUGCCCAGACUCUAGCUAUGAUGCUUCAGGAACAAUUGGAUGCCAUCAACAAAGAAAUCAGGUUAAUUCAGGAAGAAAAAGAAUCUACAGAGUUACGUGCUGAAGAAAUUGAGAAUAGAGUAGCUAGUGUGAGCCUGGAAGGCCUGAAUUUGGCGAGGGUCCACCCAGGUACCUCCAUCACUGCCUCGGUUACAGCUUCUUCACUGGCCAGUUCAUCUCCCCCCAGUGGACACUCGACACCGAAGCUCACCCCGCGAAGUCCUGCUAGGGAAAUGGAUCGGAUGGGAGUCAUGACACUGCCAAGUGACCUAAGGAAACAUCGAAGAAAGAUUGCAGUGGUGGAAGAAGAUGGUCGGGAGGAUAAAGCUACGAUUAAGUGUGAAACUUCUCCUCCCCCUACCCCUAGAGCUAUCAGGAUGACUCACACCCUUCCUUCUUCCUACCACAAUGAGGCCAGAAGUAGUUUAUCUGCCUCCCUUGAGGCAGAAAGCCUUGGGCUUGGCAGUGCCAAUAGUAGCCAAGACUCUCUUCACAAAGCCCCCAAGAAGAAAGGAAUCAAGUCUUCAAUAGGCCGGUUGUUUGGUAAAAAAGAAAAAGCUCGACUUGGGCAGCUCCGAGGCUUCAUGGAGACUGAAGCUGCAGCUCAGGAGUCCCUGGGGUUAGGCAAACUUGGAACUCAAGCUGAGAAGGAUAGAAGAUUGAAGAAAAAGCAUGAACUUCUAGAAGAAGCUCGAAGAAAGGGAUUACCUUUUGCCCAGUGGGAUGGGCCCACAGUAGUCGCAUGGCUAGAGCUCUGGUUGGGAAUGCCUGCUUGGUAUGUAGCAGCUUGCCGAGCCAACGUGAAGAGUGGUGCUAUCAUGUCUGCAUUAUCAGACACCGAGAUUCAGAGAGAAAUUGGAAUCAGCAACCCUCUGCAUCGCUUAAAACUACGAUUAGCAAUCCAGGAGAUGGUUUCCCUAACAAGUCCUUCAGCUCCUCCGACAUCCCGAACUCCUUCAGGCAACGUUUGGGUGACCCAUGAAGAAAUGGAAAAUCUUGCAGCUCCAACGAAAACGAAAGAAUCUGAGGAAGGAAGCUGGGCCCAGUGUCCGGUUUUUCUACAGACCCUGGCAUAUGGAGAUAUGAACCACGAGUGGAUUGGAAAUGAAUGGCUUCCCAGCCUGGGGUUACCUCAAUACAGAAGUUAUUUUAUGGAAUGCUUGGUAGAUGCAAGAAUGUUAGAUCACCUAACAAAAAAGGAUCUCCGUGUCCAUUUAAAAAUGGUGGAUAGUUUCCAUCGAACAAGUUUACAGUAUGGAAUUAUGUGCUUAAAAAGGUUGAAUUAUGACAGAAAAGAACUAGAAAGAAGACGAGAAGCAAGCCAACAUGAAAUAAAAGAUGUGUUGGUGUGGAGCAAUGAUCGAGUUAUUCGCUGGAUCCAAGCAAUUGGACUUCGAGAAUAUGCAAAUAAUAUUCUUGAGAGUGGUGUGCAUGGCUCACUUAUAGCCCUGGAUGAGAACUUUGACUACAGCAGCUUAGCUUUAUUACUACAGAUUCCAACACAGAACACCCAGGCGAGGCAAAUUCUUGAAAGGGAAUACAAUAACCUCCUGGCUCUGGGAACUGAACGACGACUGGAUGAAAGUGAUGACAAGAAUUUCAGGCGUGGGUCUACCUGGAGAAGGCAGUUUCCUCCCCGUGAAGUACAUGGAAUUAGCAUGAUGCCUGGGUCCUCAGAAACAUUACCAGCUGGAUUUAGGUUAACCACAACUUCUGGGCAGUCAAGGAAAAUGACAACGGAUGAUGUCGUCUUUUCAGUCUACCCUACCUAAAGUGCACUACCACCUAAGAAGACGAGCAGUGAAUACCUUUGUGAAGACUGAUUUCUAAGGAAAUAACCACAAGUAAUGGUUUAUUAAACUGAAAAUGUGAUUGGGGUGGGGGGGUCAGAUAUUAAGUUUGAUUAGUGUACUAUAAUUGAAAGAAAUGCUUAAGUCAUUUGAAUAAUAAGCAUCAUCCACAUCAUAAAUUCUGUACAACAGAUGCUUUUAUGAAAUGGAGCCACUUGUUUUUUCAUGUUUUAUUGUAAUAUACUAGGCAUUUAUGUAUUACUGUGUAUGUAUUUCUUUUUAAAUGUGUAAGUCUUAUGUAAAUGGAUAUAAAUAUGAUUUUUUAAAAAAUAAAAUAUAUGGUUCAUGGAGUCUUGAGUGCAAACAUUUGACAAUUCCAAGUACUGUUUGUAUUUUACCAUUCCACCAUUUUUACAGUUUUUGAAUUAUAACAGUCAAAUUGAUAUGUUUCCUGGAAGCAUGUUUCAUGCCUCCACAUGUUUCACCUUCAAGUCUGUCAAUACUUAAAGCUGAAAACCUGCCUCUGAUCAUGUCAAAAAGAAUGAUUUAACCUGGUUCUGGAGCCAAAAAUAGACCUUUAAAGGCAAUCAGGGAUGUCCUCUAUCUUUAGAAAUAGCACUGUGAUGGCUCGAUCUCCUUUUCAAUACAAAACAAAGCCAAACUGUUUACAAGAGUCAAAGCAAUUAUUUAAAAAAAAAUUUAUAAAGGAAAAACAUUAUCUUCUCUUGUUACCUGUGGACCAAUAAUAAUAAUUUAAGAAAAAACUUCUUUACUAAGAAUCACACAUUCAUGCAAAUAUCUUGAACCGCCAGCCAGCACUGUUCAGUGAAUGUCAACCACUGCAGAGUCUGAGGCUCAUUUCCACUGGAGAAAAACAAAAUCCCAGAAACUCUUCCCUUUUGUCAGUGUAACAGGGCAAUAGCCGACUCAUGUCUAAUGUUAUAAGCUUUUAGCCGAGAUGGCCUUGUUUCGACUUCCCUGAAGUCAAUCUUAUCAGAGGAAAUAAAGGAAAGACAGAAUGAUUAACAUAUAUAGUGUAUAAAGUAUAGAAGAGUAAUCUCUUCCUUGUGGCUUUAUUUGGUGGUGUUACUGUUGUUUAUUCUUUGUUUAUAUGGGAGAUUUCAAAGUACAACCUAUUUAAUAUUACCAUUUAUCUAACUGCUGAUUUUCUGCUACUUGAUCUUAUUAAGUGCAAAACCUGUCAUUAGUAAUUUCUUUUUUUGUAUUUGAUUUGCUAUGUUUGCACGUACAUUACAUUUGUUUUGAUGUCUAUUUUUGUUUAACAGAUUCAGUCAAAAGGUAAUGGUAACAGAAACCUUCUCCAUUGUCAAUAAAAAAAAGAAUACUUCCA